AUGCUUUCAAUCAAUACCGAUGAGUGCCGGAAUAGACUUGUGUCUGAAAUCGAAACUUCACUCCAUCAAGUUUCGAUCUGGGGUGAACAAAAUCUUGUCCAAUUUAACCCCAAAAAGACACAAGUCUGCGCGUUUACCGCAAAAAAGACGCCGUUUGUCGUAUCUCCUCACUUUCAGGGCACUUCCCUUGAUAAAAAGUCAAGUCUAGGAAUUCUGGGCGUUGAUAUAUCUUGCGACGUCCAGUUUUGCGGUCAUCUGGAGGAGAAGGCUAAGAUAGCUUCCAAAAAGUUAGGAGUGCUCAAUAGGGUGAGACGAUAUUUCAUGCCAGAACACCGCCUGAAAUUAUAUAAAGCCCAAGUCAGGCCGCAUAUGGAAUACUGUUCUCACCUGUGGGCAGGAGCGCCACAGUACCAACUCCUUCCGUUAGACCGCAUUCAAAGUCGGGCGGCUCGAAUUAUCGAUAGUCAACGCCUUACUGUCCGACUUGACCCAUUGAAACUGCGCAGAGAUGUUGCGUCUCUGUGCAUCUUCUACCGAAUUUAUCAUGGGGAGUGUUCUGAGGAAUUGUUCGGAUUGAUACCUGCUGCUGAUUUUCACCACCGUACAACCCGCCACAAACUAAAGUUUCAUCCCAAUCAUCUGGACGAGUGGCGGUCUUCCACCGUGCGUUUUUCAAGGCACUUUCUUCCACGCACAACCAUUCUUUGGAAUCAACUUCCAGCAGCAGUAUUUCCGAACCGAUACGACAACAUAACCUUCAAGAAAAGAGUAUAUUCCUUUUUAAAAGGCCGGCAGCACACCUGCAAUGCCGCUGGUGUUGUGGGUGAUCAUGGGCGGCGGUAGUCACUUACCAUCAGGUGAGCCGCAUGCUCGUUUGCCCCCUGUGUUGUAAAAAAAAAAAAAAAAAAAAAAUUUCGUGUUGCCGUUCAUAUCUAAAUCGGCUCAAUAAAUGGAACUUAACAUUUCGUUCAUAAAAAAUCGUACUUUAAAAGCCCAAACGUUAUUUUAACAUUAGUAAUGAGGAGGUCCUACUUAGGGUUAAGAAAGAGAGACAAAUUAUAAGAAAUGUUGACGUCAGAAGGGAAAAAAUGUUAUAACACUUGAUACGGCACGACGAACUUAUGAACAUUAUAAUAGAAGACAAGAUAGAAGAAA